AUGACUAGAUUAUAUAUUGGAUCACUUGCUUAUUCAGUUACUGAUGAAUCAUUAAAAGCUGCUUUUGAAAAAUUUGGAACAGUUACUGAUUGUAAAGUUGUUACUGAUAGAGACAGCCAAAGGUCUAAAGGAUUUGGAUUUGUUACUUUUGAAAAAGAUGAAGAUGCUAAAAAGGCUAUUGAAGAAAUGAACGAACAAGAACUUGAAGGUAGAAGAAUUAAAGUUGAUGUUUCUAGACCAAGAGAAGAAGGUAGAAGAAGAGACUAUAGACAUGAUGAUAGAGAUAGUAGACGUGACUAUCGUAGUAGAGAUGACCAUUAUAGAAGAGACUAUCAUCAUGACGAUAGAAGAGAUUCCCGCCGUGAUGAAAGAAGAGACUCUCAUAGAGAUGAUGAUAAGAAUUAUGACUGA